AUGUACUUCAGUGGAGAGGUUCCGAUCAGGGAACGACCAUUUGGAGUUAUAGAACCUUUCCCAGAGAGCAUCUACCCUCUAGAGUACACUUCAGCAAGCGUUACUUGCAUUGCAUUUGAUGCAUCUGGUAAACUUCAACCAGAUAGAAUAGAGUUUCAUAGGAGAGAUGAUCUUAACCGAUACAGAAAGUUAGAGGGGGAUAGAUUUGUGUUUAAUCACAGAACAGAUAAUAUAAGGGGAAACAUUAAAUUGUACACUACCAUGACUUUGAAGAAUGUAACAAUUCAGGAUGACAGUCAGUACGGUGAUCUUGGAAGCUACGAGUGCCAUGCUUUUGCGAAAAAUGUAAGCUCCCCAAAGAGGCAUGGCUUUAGUGUCAGCGUUAUUACAAGGGCUGAAAUUCCAACAGUGAAAGUCACAGAUUCCAGUACUCUUAAUCCAGGUGACGACAUCACAAUCUUCUGCAACCUAACUGACAGAGGAAAUGAGAACAGCACCCCACUGAAGAGAAUUUCCUGGUUUAAAGAUGGGAAGUUGUUGAGGAGUGUGCGGAAUCCAGAUCCAGAUGUGAAACAGGACUUUAUAGCCCCAAUACACCUUACAAGUUUUAAUGUUCGACAGGCGGGAAUUUACACAUGCCUUUUAGAAGUAAAGCUGAGGCAUAUUAAGGAGUACAGCGUUAGAGGUGACACAUUUCUUAAGAUUGCACCUUGGCUUCCCAAGCCAAAGGAAGACAUUGAAGAGAAGGCUUCUAAAGGAAGCGAUGUGUCAUUUGAGUGCGCUGCACAAGGAUUUCCUUUGGAGGUAGAAUGGAAGGUGAAGAAGAAGAAUAAAGACACUGUUCAGGCUUGCAUAAAUGGAUCAGGUGGACACUACAAGAUUCAUCAAGCCACAUUUGGCCCAUCAAUUCUGACCAUAUCUGGAGUGAAUUAUACGGAUCGUGGAUUUUAUUACUGUUGUUUUCCUUCAAACUGCUCCCAAAAUGUAGAAGACAAAUGCCAGCGAUUCAUUCUUCGUGUCAGAG